AAAAAAAUAUAGGUAACAACAAUGAGACAGAUGAACACUGAUUGUAGAAUGUAAAAAUUCCAGGACAAAAUUACCAAGAAAACAUUAUUUAUUCGACUAGCCAUGUCGGUGCGGGAAUCGGGUGCGCGUUCGGCGAAUUCCGCGGACAGCGUCAGCAUGCAUAAAAAUGCGCCGAGGAGAAAAGCCGUCGCGGGGGAGACUUACAACCCCGAACAUGACACUCAUGCAGAUAUCGUCAAGCACCCCAAGUCGGAUGCCCAAAGGGCUGUUUUAGAAGGACAUUUGAAAAAUAUAGUUUUUAUGCAGAACUUAGACAAGGACCAGAUGCAUCAAAUCUUGGAUGCUUUCUUUCUGAAGAACGUGAAAGCGGGCGACUAUAUCAUCAAGCAAGGCGAUGAAGGUGAUUACUUUUAUAUCGUAGAAAAAGGGAAAUACGAAGCCUUCGUGACGAAUUCCUCCGGCAAUGCGAACACAAUUCGCACUUACGACGGUUACGGAAGCUUCGGCGAGCUGGCACUUUUGUACAGCAUGCCCAGGGCGGCAUCCGUCAAGGCGGACACCGACGGCAUCGUCUGGGCACUGGACAGGAAAACUUUCACGAGGAUAUUAGUCAAAGCUGCACACAAAAACAGAAAGCUGUACGAAGAAUGUCUUAAAAACGUGAAGAUCUUAAGCCACCUCACCGAGCUGGAAAGGCUCAACUUGGCCGACGCUCUGUUGCCGAGAAUGUUCAGCGACGGCCAGGUCAUAAUGAAAGAAAACGAACAAGCCGACGGCAUGUACUUCGUCCUCUCUGGCCAGGUCUUCAUCCACAAGACCGUCAACGGCAAGCAGGUACCACUGAAGAUAGUAGAGCGUGGUGGCUACUUCGGCGAGCUGGCACUCUUGACGAAGGGUACAAGAGCGGCAACGGCUGUGGCGAAGGGAAACGUGACCACUGCUUUUCUGGAGACGGAUGCUUUCGAACGUUUGUUAGGCUCUUGCGAAGAAGCAAUGAAGAACAACGUCAAGAAAUACGGUAUUAAAUUGGAGCACGCCGUUUAAAACACUCACAAGUUCAAACGCCGCUAAAACGCCAUGCCGUUUUUAGUGCGUCCAUUUACACCGCGCCAAAUACAAUUCCCACACUCCCUGACACAUAAUUCACUUUAAUUUUCAAGAGUAAACAAUUAAUUGACAAUAUGAUUUA